AUGGCAGCCAGUUAUCUUCAUCAAUCAACUAAUGAAAUUGAAUAUGUAAAAAUAUUCAUUUCAAUUAUAAUGUUAGCUACUGGAGAAUUUCAUACUGUUGAACAAGCUGAUGAACUUUUUAUUGUUAAAGAAUUUUUAAAACAUAAAGAUAAUCAUUUAUUAUCCGAACGACUCUAUUUUGUGGUUAAUUCCGCAAUAAUACCAGAAUAUCAAGGAAAAAAAUUAGCUAAAUCAUUAGUAUCUGCAGUAUUAAAAAAAGUCAGUGAAUAUGUAUACUGAUUUUGGAUUUAAACCUGAUAUGCGUACAAAAGAUGGUGAAAAAGGUUGGAAAAUAAUAAGUGACCUAUGUAAACGAGAUUUUUUUGAUAAUCAAUAAAUAAUUUUAACAAAGAAAAAGAUUUCAAUUGAAUAUAUAUAUUUAUUCGAUUAUAACUAUUGUUCAAUAGUGACAUCUCGUAUUCUUUAAUUUGAUAAAAAUUCGUAUAAUUUACUACCAAUAAAAUACUUUAAAAUGUAAACGAAAUCUCGAAUAUUCAAUAUGUAUCAGUAUCAUUUUAAUCUUGAUAUUAAUCUUACAACUAAAUUUUGUUUCGAUUCUUUUUCUUUUUGUAGGAUGAUAAUUUUCUUCGGGUUACGUAUUUCAUCAUUUUUGUUCA